UAAAAACUAGUCUGGUAGACCUUAUCUAAAUGCGGCAAUGACAGAAGAAAUUUGAGGAAAAGAAUAUUCUUUCUACGACUUUUGUAAAAAUUAAAAUGACAGCGAUGGACGAGAAUGCCUUGGUAGAGAGAGUAUUUUUGAGAAUUGGAUCUGCAGACACAGAUGAACAACUUGAAGUGGCUCUUGGAAAAUUUCUCACCCCAAUUCUUCUUAAACUAAACAGUUCAGAAGAUGGCAUUCGAACUAAGGUUAUGGAGUUAUUGGUUCACAUUAAUAAGAGGUUAAAAAGUAGAAAUAAAGUACAACUACCUGUAGAAGCUUUAUUAACACAAUUUCAAGAUCCAACAGCCACUCCAUUUGUAACUAAUUUUACAAUUUUGUACAUCAAGAUGGGAUAUCCGAGAUUAGAGCAAGUAAAACAAGCUGAAUUAUUACCUAUGUUGAUUAAUUGUUUAGAAGGUAGACCAGUUAAUCAGCAAAAUAGUUUACUUCUGCUAAUGAUACCAGCUCUACAGUAUCUUAAAUUUCCAUCCAGUGCUGAGAAACGUCAAUCCAUGUUUCAGCUGAGAGACAAACCUCAAAUAUCUAAACUAUUAUUAGAUUAUAUGAUGGAUAUAUUACUUCUGCCUUACAGUGCUCAUGCAUUAGCUUCCAGUACAGCAAGUGGACCGGUCACAGUUCCUCCUGGAUUAAGUGAAUAUGGUUUAAAAAGAGUAUUAGGUGAAAAUCCCAUGAAUCCAGAAAGCCUAGAGAAAGCCAAACUUGGUAUAUUGACGUUUCUAGGAGCUGAUAUUUUAGCUGAAUCUGAUAUCGUUUGUCAUUAUAUCAUAGCAUCAUCUGAUACUAGACACAGUGUGGCUACUUCAGCAGAUAUGGAGCUAAAGAGAAUUAUGGGAAGUAUAGAUUGGAACUCAACAGAGAUAUUAAAUAAAUUAUAUAGAAUAUUUCAAGGAACAGUUGUAAUCAAAGGGCAGACAGCUGUAAAACCAGAACAAAGAAGAGUUCCUGUUUGUACAAGAAUAAGACUGAAAAUUUUCCCCUUUUUCCUGAAAUCUAAAGAAGCUGUCAGUAUGUUCCCUUCCUGUAUUCAGGUUGUAUUUGAUUGUUUAUUUGGAGCAAAUCUCAAUGCAAAACUUCGUAUAAUGGCUGUUCAAUUUGUUCAUCAUAUCUGUUACAAUUGUGAUGCUACCAAGUUUAAGAUGUUUGAUGCAGUAUUAUUAUCUGGUAUGGUUAAACUAAUAGGUGAAGCUAAAGAGGAUAAUAAGUUACGAAGUCUGGCAUAUGUAGCAGUUGGUAAGAUAGCUAGAAGAUCUCCUGAAAGAGUUGCUAAAGAUAUUACACUGAUACAACAAUUCUUUGAAUCAGUGUGCCAGGAAGAUGUUGAAACCAGGUUAGCUGUACAAGAAGCUUUAUCUUUGAUGUCUGAUGCCUUUAGACAGCUUGAUCCUACAAAUCUUAAACUAAUGGAAGCUCUUAUCAUGCAGUAUAUGGACAAGACUGAACCACAAGCCAGAUCAGUAGCUGUACAAUAUGCUGUAGCUGUUUUUCCAUCAAAUCAUAUACCAUCACGAUAUAUAUUAUUAUUAGCUUCUGGAGAUACUAAAGAUGAUAUACGAGGUGAAGCAAUGAAGGCUUUAACUCCAACAUCAGAUACUACUACCACUACCGCUACUACUAAAUCAUCUUUACCAGAUUUUGUUCAGAUGACUCAAUAUAUUAAGGAAAAGGCGUCACAGAGGAAGGAAAGUCACCAGAGAUAUACAACAGGCAAUACAGUUUUACCCUUUAAUCCUACAGCUUAUACACAGAUGUUAAUUUAUCUAAGAAUGUGUUUAUAUUUUAUUAGAUGUUAA